CCACUGCCGACAAUGCUCAGCCCACUCGCCUUCCUGGGGCUCGGAGAGCGCAUGCUCUUCUUUCUGCUCUUCCGCUUCCCCCUCAUCCCUUUCGUGAUGCUCAUCCUGGGCAUCCUCGACUUCAUCCUCGCCCUCUUCUGCGUGAUUCUCAUCCUCGUUCAGGACAACCUCCGGCGACUCUACGGUCGCAUCCCUGGAAUGGUUGGCUUCUCACCGCAGCCCUCUACAUCUGAGGUCUUUUCCGGCGAGGAGGUUGACGGAAGAGGAAGGGGCACCCACGGCCGCUUUCUCCUCUUCCUCUCCCGCUUCUUUGCGGUCCCCCCUCUCGUCCUCUUCCUAGUCGCCCUUGACUUCACCUUCACCAUCCUUUGCCUGAUUUCCAUCAUCCUUUACGACCAUUUCCAGCAACUCUAUGAUUCAGCCAAUGAAGUUGUUGGCUACUCGCGGGAGCCCUCCAUGGGAUGGGAAAUCUUCUUUGACGAGGAUGACGAAAGCGACGACAAUGAUGAAAAAGGCGACGACAACACUGAAGGCGACGACAACACUGAAGGCGACUAGGAGCUCGACCCUACCCUUGCCCUCGUCUACAUGACCUUCAUCCUCCUUCACGGCCAUUUCCAACCAGCUGAGAAUCACGUCUCUGAAAUGGCUGGCUACUCGCCCGAGCCCUUCUCCUCGCCGAAGUCCUUCACGUCAGAGGCCUUCCCCGGUGAGGAGGAGGAUGAUGAUUUCCUCCCCAAUUACUACUAAUUGCCCAAGCCAUAGUUUGGAACUCUAUCCCCUUAUCCCUUUACGGAACAGCUCAGCCAGAAGCCGAGUCGCGGCCUUGAUCGAGGGGAGCCGCCGAACCGCCCCUGUGCCUCAUGGCCUUGCCCGGCACUCUCA